AUGGCCUUCGGCAGCUUUCGGCCGCUGGCGAUGCUCUCCCGGCUCUCUUUCGCCCGCAGCGUUCGCUGCCUCCGCGCGCGAUCCUGCGCGUCGGCGAGCGCCGCUGAGACAGCUUCCACCGCCGUAUCUGCGCAGCUCUCGCUGCCAGAGGCGUACGACACUCUGCUCACGUCCGGUCUAAAUAGUGACCCGGCGCAGCGAGACCUGUGCUACGCGCUGGAGGAUCUGAGGAGCCGGGUGAACGCGCACAGGGAGGCCUCGCAGCACUAUGCCGCGGAGCUGGCGGACUGGCGCCGGACUUGCGCCAGGCUCCAGGCCGAGGCGGACGCGGCAGAGGAGGCUCGCGCGAGGGAGGCUGCAAACGCACCGGCGUGGCGCAAAGCUCUGAAUGCAAUCCGCGACGCGGCGGGAGGCGGCGGCGGCAUCGUCGAGCGGGAGUCGCCGCACCUGAAGCUGCGGGUGGCGCAGGCGCAGGCGCACGAAGACAGCGGCGCGCCCUACCGCGACUACGACGUGCCCGCCGCGCUCGGCGAGGCCAACGCGGGCUCACACCAGCCCCUCUCGAGCGAGGAGCUGGCGCACCCGUUCUGGCGGACGGGCCUCGGCGGAAAGACGUUGCUGCUCGACCUGCUCGCGUCGGCGCUGCAGGCGGACGCACUCGCUGACGGGGGCUGCCCUCUCUCGCUGCGGCGCGCGCUCGUCGCCGAGAUGCGUGCGGCGGAGGCGGCGGCGCAGGCCGCCGGUAGCACUCGUCGGUCGGAGGAGUGGUGCGGCGAGGACGAGGCCCUGUCUGCGCGGGUCGGCGUCGUGAGCGGAGGGGCGUGCGUCACCGGCCCCGGAGAGGCGCCGCUCGUGCUCGACGACGUCGGCCGACCGGUGAGCGUCGGCGUGCUCUGCUACGACGAGGUGCAGAUGAUGGACAUCGCAGACGCGACCGUGCUGCGCGGCGUGCUCCAGGCGCUCGUCGGCGCGGGGUGGGUCCUCGUGGCAACCUGCAACCGCACGCCCGCCGAGUUUGCGGCGUCGACGAUGCAGCGCGAGCACCCGCAGUCUCGCUUCGCCGAGGCGAUGGCGGAGCACUGCGACACGCUCCAGCUGGGGGACGGCGGCCAGCUCGCCGCGCCGCAGCCGUCCUACUUUUGCCCGUGCGAGGGCGGCAGCGCGGUGCCCAGCCCGGCGGCGCAGCUCGACCGCUGCUUCGUCGACUUGACGGGCGGCGCCGCGGCGGACGAGGAGGUCGCGAUCGGCGCGGGGAGGAGGAUGCGGCUCGUCUCUGGCCGCGGCGUCGCCCGCGCCUCGUUCGAGCGGCUGUGCGGCACCGCGCUCGGGGCGGGAGACUACGUCGCACUCGCGCAGCGCUACCACACGCUGUGCGUCGACGACUUGCCGCAGAUGUCGCUGCGGCAGCGCGACCAGGCGAGGCGCUUCAUCACGCUGGUCGACCAGCUCUACAAUCACAAGACACGGCUCGUCGCCUCCGCCGCCGUCCCAAUCGGCGUGACGGCAAACUCGCUCGAGACAAACUACCAGGGCCUCCUCAAGACGGGCGCCGUGGCGGCCGACUCGCGCAAGGCGCUCUUCACGGGCGGAGACUCGCUCUUCACGGGGGAGGACGAGACCUUUGCCUUCCGGCGCGCCAUCUCGCGCCUCAACGAGAUGCAGUCGGCGCAGUACCUCGCCGCCCGGAGCCGCACGCGCGCUGCGAGGUGAGGCGGGGCCGGGGUGGGAGCCUAGGCGGCCUCGUAAGACGACACACCACCCGGGACAAGCAUCGGGCGAGCGCUGCUCGCCUUCCCGGCUGGGGCGGACCGGUGGUUUGAGUGGUGCUCACGGGUUGCAAUGCGCUGGUGGUGUGCGUGUACGUGUAGUGAGGACGCAGCUUGUAUGUUCUCGUGGGGGUGAGAGGGUCCAGGGGACGCGCAAGGCAACUGGGAGUCCCAGUCGGCGCAGGGAGCAGAGCGGGAGACCGUGAGGCUGCUCUCUGAGCGAUGACACACUAGCAGGGGCAUCAACCAUCAUGAUUGCCAUCGGAGUCACUUGUAUACG